AUGGCAUCGCGCUUGACGAUGGACAUCACGUCUGUGCUUGGGGCCAUCAGGAAUGCUCAGAGCAAAGGCUUUGGUAGUUUCUCGCCAUACAGUCUGGCCAAGAAAGAAAUCCUUGCCGGCAAGAAGCUGACUCAUUGGAUGUGGUACGUAUGGCCUUCCUUGCGUUUGGUGCGUUCAAACGUGAAGCAGCCGCAGUUCUUGUUGCCAUCCUGGGAAGCUGUGAGUGCCUUUCUGGACGACAACCUCUUGCGUUUCCGGCUGUGCGAGAUCACUGAGAUCGCGACUUCCCAUUUGGUGGCUGGAGUGUCUCCAGACACUUUGUUCGGCAAGCAGGCCAGAAUCGACGUGGCCAAGUUCCGAGAGUGCAUGCAAGUCUUUUUGGCCAGCAGCCUGGAACGCGAUGACCCCCAGCUGGUAGAGCUCUUUCUGAAGGCGCUGCGGGCGCUUCGAGCUCCUCAGCUGGACGCGGCGGUGAAAGCGGCACUUCCUAGGGCGGAGGUGGCGGAAGUGGAAGAGGUGCUGCGGAGGGGCGCUGGUGCUACAUCCUCCCUGCGGGAACGGAGGGUUGUACCGACGUCCCAAGAAAGGAAGCCUCCAACGCCGUCGCCGGCAGCGGCUUCCAAGCCCUCUAUCCAGAUCUUCGAGUUCGGCACUUCGGAGCUGUGGGACGUCUUGGAGAUGUCUUCCACGGAGACCGUGGGCUCCAUGGAGCAGAAAAUCCGUGGCUCCCGCACGUGGCCACGGAACGUUGAGCUGCAGCUGAUCCUCUUGCCCAGCGCAAAGUCGAACAACUGCAUCCUGCGCUUCACAGUCUUCACCCGCUGUGCUCGCGAGUUGGGGGAGGAGGACACCCGCUGCAAGUAUCAGUACUACCGCGCACAGUGUACUUGCCCCGAGAGUCAGCUGGAGGACUGGAUGGAGCACCGCGCGCGGGGCUCUUGCCAUUUGGACGUCCUCCCGGACCGCUCCACCGUCCACGUGAAGCAGUAA